AUGAUUUGUUUUGAUGGGACUUUAACUUGGAAGCAAGAUCUAAACAAAAGGGGAACGCCAUGCUUUGGUGUUGCAAAAGUGAAAUCAGCUAUGGAUUGGAAUAAAGCAAAUGAUUAUUGCAAGGAAACUGGUGGACAGCUACCAACACCCACGAAUGAUGAGAGUCGUUUGCUGGAAAUAAUGUUAUCAGAGAUUGGCUCAGAAGCAAAAAUACCGCUCGGAAUUGUUCAUGAGAAAAGUAAGUGGAUGUAUAUACGUGAUGGUCAAAAAAAUGAUUCCGAUUUAACUAAUGUUAAACCGUCACUGGAAAUAUUAAGGCUGUCUACAACAACAGCUGGUCUUCAAUACGAAGCUGCUUUGAAAAAAGAUAAAUAUACAGCGGUGGUAUGCGAGCAUCGAAAUUCAGCACGUAUCUUUUAA